AUGGCAUCUCCAUCUAAACAGAGCCGGAACUGGAGAACCAUGAUGAAUACCGAGAUGAGGAGCACAAUAUCCAGAGGCUGGCCAUCUUCUUUAAAGUGUUCCGUGGCUCCUGUGUCUAUGACCAUAAAUUCCGAUGGUAUUUACUGUCAGCGCGCCGACAUCCAGCAACCAGAAGAGUUAUUCGCCAAGGCGAAGAACUGGUUGGAGGUCAUUCAAAACGCACCACCCGACGAAAUACAGGAUGUGGUCACUAAGGAAAUUCAAGAGUCAAUGAUUCGAGCCAUCUAUGGAAGCAACCAAAUCGAGAGAGCCGGGUUAAAUCUGGAUAAUACCAUCCACCUUUGUCGACAGAUCCUCAAUGGCGAGGACGUGAGGCCAAUUGACGAGCGCGACUCAAAGUGCCAAUCUGCGCUUCUUGAGCUCUACCGUCGAGACCCGACCCUUCGGAACUUGCCCAGCCAGGACGUCCUACGGAGCCGCAACGAGGUGGUCCAACACGCCAAAGCGUUCCACUUUCUGAUCCACGCCUUCGUCGUUGAAAAGCAAGAUCUGACUGAGAGCCUAAUCAAAGAGACGCACCGCAUACUGGCCAAAGGUGUUCCCAUCACUGACUCAGAUGGCCCUGACGUCCAGCCGGAUGAGUAUGGGGGGAUAUACAGAACCGUUGUCGUAGGAGCUGGCACUACGAAUUUCACGGUCCCCAAGUUUGUUCCUGCCAAGAUGACGGAGAUGUGCGACAACCUCAAACAAGAGCUAGAAGAUGCGGAGAGGAACAAGGCCAUUGACCCUUUCUCAACCGCAUCCAAAUAUUCCCUCGAGUUCGUCCAGAUUCACCCAUUCAUGGACGGCAAUGGCAGAAUGUGCCGCAUGAUUCUCAAUGCCAUUCUCUGUCGAUAUGCUGGGGUGGUUGUACCAAUUGGAGAGCAAGCAGAAGAGCGGGAGGAGUAUAUGCAAAUCAAACGCGAGUCGAGCCAGAAGAUGGAAGGGCAUGGGGAUUAUGCUACGUUUGUUUUGGGAAGGGCUACGCGGCGAAUCCGGGAGAUGAAGAAGAAGCUUUCUGGGAAGAAGAUGAAAGCCUGA